AUGUCGGACCAUGAAUUUGGAGGCAAUGACGACCUCUCCUUACCCAAGGCCACGGUCCAGAAGAUAGUCGGCGAGAUCCUCUCCGGAUCGUCCGGCAUCGCGUUCUCUAAGGAGGCUCGUGACGUUCUCAUCGAAUGCUGCGUGGAGUUUAUCACUCUCGUUAGUUCCGAGGCGAAUGAGAUUUCGGAGAAGGAGGCCAAAAAGACGAUUGCAUGCGAUCAUAUCAUCAAGGCGUUGGACCAACUCGGUUUUCCCGAUUAUGUGCCCGCUGUCUUAGAAGCUGCUGCCGAACAUAAGGAAGUCCAGAAGGCGAGCAGACACCACGCUUCACCUGGCUCUAUGCAUACUGACUCGAGGGAUCAGGGGCGCGAAAAGAAGGCAAAUAAACUUGAGCAGAGUGGGCUGAGCUUGGAGGAACUGGAGCGCCUGCAGCGAGAACAGUUCGCUGCGGCCGCGGCGAGACAUAAUUAA